UGCUUCACAUGUGAUCAACAAGAUUCUGUGUCCACAUCCUCUUUAUAAACCAACAGAUAUUGUUUAGAUUUCCUUGUGAGUGAGAGAGAGAAUGGUUUCCAAGGCUCACAAGAGAACAGCCAUGUACAGAAGAAACUUACAACUGCUACGUUCCAUCACUUACUCCACUUCCCAAGAGAAAACUUCAUUGAUAUUGGAAGCAACCGAAUAUAUACGAGAUUUAAAGCAAAAACUGGAAGAACUGAACCUGUUAGCAGUUGCAACCGCACAAAAAUUUGUUGAUUAUGAUCCAAUGCCUAAGGUUAAGGUUGAGGCAAAAGAAGAGGGAUUUGUGAUCAAGGUGCAUAGUGAAAGAAGUUGCAAGGGAUUGCUAGUGUUCAUCUUGGAAGCCUUUGAAGAACUUGGUCUUGAAGUGUUGCAGGCUAGGGUUUCUUGUGUUGAUUACUUCCGUCUAGAAGCUGUUGGGAACAAAGUAGCAGGAGAUCGGUGAAGAUACUCGUCUUUUGAAUGCACGAUUAAUCGAACAAGAAGUGUCUCAAGCUAUUCGAAACUGGAGGGAAGUUACACAAGGCUAAUGAUCCAACAAGAGUUCUUGUAUCUGAUCAGAAAAUCUAUGGUUAUUACUUGUUUAGUUCUCCUUGUAAAGUACUUUACAUGGGUGGAGAAGCUUGUAUCUGUGAUGAAUAUGUUGAAUUUCAAUUUUUUUAAGGCAAAUAUAAUAUCUAUAAAUGAGAAGAAUAGAAAUA